CAACCCAAGCUACAACCAAACAAAAAGCUGUGAUGAAGUUGACCUCGGCAAUGGGACAUUAGCAUCCUCCCCCCCUUCGAAAUAAAAUGGUCAACAAGCCACCCACAAGAAGAACCUUCAACAACAACAACAACAACAGAAUGAACACCCCCACUACUACUACCAGGAAAAGACUACUCGAUCAGACUCAAGACCAAUCCAUACUCUGGGUAGACCGAAUACAGAACCACUCAAACAACCUCACCACCACCAACAAACCAUCACCAUCACCAUCAUCACCCUCCACUAACUCAUCAAACUCAUCAUUCCACUCAACCUCAUCUCAACCAAACCAACAACAACAACAACAGCAAUACCCACCUUCACCAUCUGCCUCAUCAUCCACAUCCACAUCCUCAUACUCCCCAUCCUCAUCAGCCUUCCCUUCCUCAGCCUCAUCCUCCUUCACAUCCCCUGCUAACACCACCAGGCAGACCAUCCUAUCCACCAACUCAAUCAUCAAUACAAACAACAACAAUAACAACAACAACAACAACAACACUUUCAAAAGGACCAGGGCGAUCGAAGAAUUAGUCGAAACUGAAGCCAUCUAUGCCUCCGAUCUGGUCAUCAUCAGAGAUAUCUAUCUCUACCGAGCUUCUGGACCCCCGCCUUCACCCCCAACUCUCUCGACUAACGACCGCCAGAUCAUCUUCUCAAACAUCACUCAGCUCACUCAACUCGCCCUCUCACUCUCUGAAGCACUCACUCAGGCUAACACUCAAAACCAGAUCGGGAGCUGCUUUAUCGAAUUCUUGCCCAAGAUCGAGAAACUCUUCACGGUUUACUGUUCAAAGUAUGGACCGGCUAGUAAGAGGUUAGAGGAAUUCACUCGGAAGCUCGACCGAAAACAGAAGAAACUCGACAAAUCUUCCUCCUCCAACUCCGGCCAUCAUAACCAUAACCAUCAUCAUCAUCAUCAUCAUCUUCACAAACCUAGAGAAGAACAACUAGGAAUCAAGUAUUUAAACGAUUGUAAGAAGUUGUGUGAGGGUCGGACUAGUGCUUGGGAUCUUGGAUCAUUACUGAUCAAGCCCGUCCAGAGGUGUCUGAAAUACUCGCUACUACUCGAUCAGAUCAUCAAGUAUACCGAGUCUGACGAUCCAGAUCUGAGUUCAUUGAUCAAGGCGAGGGAUGGGAUGGUGAGAGUAGCGGACAGUAUCAACGAGACCAAACGACGGCACGAGGUAGUAGGCGAGAUGAUCAGUCGCUCGGGGCCACUGGGAACUCGGUAUGGGGUGCGUCUGGGCAGCGGUAGCAGCAACAACAGUCGACCGACGGGCGGAAAGUGCUGGCCGAGUCCGCCCGGGCUGGCCGAGCUGAUCGAUCAGGUCAGGAGAUCCGCCAAGGCCCUCGACCAGCUCCCCCUCGUCCUCAUCGGCUCUCAGAACUCGAUCGUCGAUUGGAUCGUCGCCGCCGAUCGGCUCGUCGACGCCUUCAAGCACACCUUCGCUCUCAGCUCUUCUCCCUCCGCCCCCCCUCCCCCGGGCAUCCUUCUCUCAGAUCUUCAGGCCUACCAACAUCUCGUCCUCCGUGGCUCUUUGAAUGGUCCCCUCAAAUUCCUGCGUGAACGGAUUAAGAAAGAGAUCAUCCCACGCAUCGAGGAGUUGAAGGGCCUGUACACGAAGCCGUUGAUGUUGAUCGAGAAGUACGAGAAACGGCGCCAGAUGAUCGGCUCGCCGUCUCAUCAUCCGGCGAGUCCAACCGGUUCGACGAGUCGGACUCGUCGGACGAGUGAAGGAGGAGGUGGAAGCGGGACCGACCAGCCGAUCUUCCCAUUAUCAUCAGCCUCCUCGUUCAGUUCCCAUCCUCUCCUACCCUCCUCACACACCACAACGCCCAUCUCGAUCCCUUCUUCUUCUUCUUCUUCUUCUACUGCGGCUACUUCUACUACUACUGCGGCUACUUCUACUACUACUACUACUGCGGCUACUUUGGCGACCGAAGAUGGGAUGGACUAUCAGCUCAAAGAGAUCCAAAGGUUCCUGCUCGACCAAUUGCCGAAACUCAUCCAUCUCUCCAAUUCCGCCCUCAAUCGGAUCCUCGCUAAUCUCUUCCGUUCCGCUCAACUCUGCCAUUCCGAUCUCAUCGUGCUUAUCAAUAAAGCCCUCAACAUUUAACUCUCUCUCUCUCUCCCCCCCUUUUUGUUUCUUUGUUUCGGUGGGUGGGGCGGUUUUGAACGCGGUUUUUUUUUUUGGGUCAGAAUCAGAACAAUUAAAACUAAAAGCGUGUGUGUCAAAGAUGAAUGAACUUAAUGUGUAGUGUGUUCAAAAGAAAAAAAAAAAGAAAUCUUUUAUAAGGUUGUUAUAUAGAUUGUAUUUUUUUUUUUUUUUG